AUAAGAUAUAGAGAGCAGAGGCAGCCAUAUUCCAUAUCUCAGAGUAAGCAGCAUGGCCCCCCACCCUGUCCCCAGCAACCCCGCACACCCCGCCGGCAUGCCAAGCGACCAGUGGCGCGCAUGUACGGCCAUCCUCGACGCCGUGUACGGCGCGAAAGCAGGCAGCCGAAAGAUCAGCAGAAUAUUCCAGUCGCUGCCCGACAAGGACGACUUUCCCGACUACUACGCCGCCAUCCCCGAGCCAGAGUGUCUCGACAACAUUGCCGCCCAACUCGAAUCGCAGGCGUACGCGACUCCUGAACAGUUCUUUAAACAACUCCAUCUCGUCUUUCUCAACGCAAAACACUACAACGAAGAGGGCUCCCAAAUCUACGCCGACGCAACCCGCCUUGAAAACCAGAUCCACCAAGACUGGGUCUUUGCUGCCAGCUCCCACACCUUCUCCCAUACAGAUCCCUACCACAGCAGCCCCGUCAAACCCGGCAGACGACCCAAACGCACAUCCGUCACCCCUGCAAAAUCCGUCACACCCGCCCCCUCCAUCCCCCCGGUCCUUCUCCAGACCCUCAGCCCCAUCCCCGAACCGUCCGCCGUAGCUGGCUCCUCCCGCUCGCCUGCUUUUGCAUCCCUCCCCAACCCCCCCCAAUCUGCCCAACCAUCUCCCCGCCCUGCUCUUUCCAGCAUGUCCCAACCGCAGACGCUGCAGCAAGCCUACACGGCCACCCCCAAUGUCCCCAUGGACCCCGCCAAAGCUGCCCAAUACGCCGCAGACCAGGCCGUCGUAGCCGCUCGAGACGCUACUCUGCCCAGAUGGUCGGGGCCUAAAGAAGUGCUUUCGGGCAACCCGGCGCCUGGGGGCGUGCCGGGGAGUGGAUGGUGGGGAGAGGACGCCCCUGAUUAUGAGCGGACGACGGGGGGGCCGGACCAAUGGCCGUUUAGAAUACGAGCUGUCGUGGGGGCCAUAGAGGGCUACAAGGAUGCGAGCGGCCAACGCCUCGCCGAGGUCCUCGACGUCCUCCCCGAAGCGCCCAGCAACCCCUACCUCUCCUACGAAUACCCGCUCUCUUUUGCCAAAAUCGCAGCUACCGCCGAUGCUGCCCGCUACCUCACCUUGAAAGAUUUCGACAUGGACAUGGCCCGGCUGUUUGAAAAAGCCAGGAGAUGGUACCACGAUGGGUCGCCAGAGUACGGCCAGACGCUCGUCCUGCAAAGACUAUACAAUGCUCUGACAGCGCCGUACCCCAUCCCCCUCCCUCCUUCCGGUGUUCCCGCGCCCUCCGUCACCCAGUUCGCCUCCAUCCCCGCCGGACCAGGCAACGCCCGUUCCCUGCACGAAGCCACCCAAGAAAUGCGUGCCGGUGCUUCCGAAGACCAGGUCGGGUACGCCAUCACCACCUUCCGUGUCGGCACCAAGGACCGAGUUUUCACCGACGAAGCUAGGCAUAAGGGUGUCCCGUAUAGGGUCGGAGAUUAUGUGCAUCUGAUCAACCCGGAUGAUCCGACGAGACCGAUUGUGGGACAGAUUUUCAAGACGUUUGUGCCGACCAAGGGCCAGCAGACGCACCAUGCUUCUGUUUGCUGGUACUAUCGCCCAGAACAGACUGUGCAUCAACCGGAUACCAUGUUUUACGAGCGUGAAGUGUUCAAGACUGGACAGUUCUGUGAUCACCCCGUGGAAGAUAUCCUCGAGAGGAUCUCGGUGCAAUUCUAUGUCAAGUAUAUCCGUGGACGUCCUAGAGAAGGAGAAUACUAUCCUGGAUGGCCUACUUAUGUCUGCAAUUCGCGAUUCAACCACCGAGAUUACAACAUUGUGCGAAUCAAGAAUUGGAACAGCUGUAUCCCCGAAGAAUUACGCCAAACAGACUUCAUGUCCAUCGUUCCCUUUGAACGCCCUAUCGAACUCCGCAUGCUCCCAUCUCCCUUCAACCUCGGCGUGCGCGGCCCCGGCUUCUUUGGCGACCCCAAAAAGAUCCUUGGCGGCGAUAUCGCAAACGACGACGACGACGAUGAAGAAGAAAGGCCGAAACGUGGACGCGGAAGGCCGCCCGCGACGCCGGCUGCUACUAGCUAUGGCGGCGUCCCAGGCUCGGCGAGGGGGACGCCCGUGCCGCAGACGUAUCGUGCGCCGGUGGUCAGCCAGCAGGGCCAUGUCCCCGCUCCUGCACCUCCUGUCCAAGCGCCGCCACCACCGAAACCGGUGGUGCAGCCGGUCAAGACUUUUGCGGGUUUGUUGGGCGGGCAGCAAAUUCUGGAUCAGGUGGCGCACAAGGAGACGCUUCCGCAGGAAGUUGCGAAACUGUUCCCACAAGACGUCCGUGGCAAUGUUCUCUGGUUCUCUGGCGCCCCCAUUGCCCCCGGCGCAAUCUCUAUCCCAAAAGAACCAGCACACUCCCUUGCCUACCUCGAAUACCUCACCAAACGGAGACGAGGCGAGGACUGGGUUCCUCCCAAGAAGAGCAGAAAGGUGGAAGAGAAUGGUGUUUUCCCGAAUGGGCAAGACGCGGGUGGGGACGGGUGGUGGGCUGAAGGGAAGAGUGGGGAGGAGGUGCGGGCGGAGCUGGAGUCGAUUGUCCGUGGUUAGAUUAGUAUAGUAGACUGGUGUAUCAUGUAUGUAUGCAUUGACAGAGACUGC